UAUUUUGUUCUAGAAAACUCCAUCCAAUGGCUCUUCUUCAACUUCUAAAGGAACCUUCUGUGCUUUUUGCAUUCAGUUUUCUCAUAGUGUUGCUCAAUUUUAUCUUCAGGGAUAAGUUGAGGAAAACAAAAAUCAAACUCCCACCUAGCCCUCCAAAGCUACCCAUCAUUGGUAACCUUCACCAGCUUGGAAACAGCCCUCACCUAUCUCUCUGGUCCUUGGCAGAAAAGUUUGGUCCCUUAAUUUACUUACAACUUGGUCACAUCCCAACAGUGGUGGUGUCAUCAGCUAAACUAGCCAAGGAAGUACUGAAAACUCAUGAUCUUGCACUUUCUAGCCGCCCACAGAUCUUUUCAGCCAAACAUCUCUUCUAUAACUGCACUGAUGUUGCCUUCUCCCCUUAUGGUGCUUAUUGGAGGCACAUUCGUAAGAUUUGCAUACUUGAGCUACUAAGUGCCAAAAGAGUGCAAUCAUUUAGUCAUGUAAGAGUAGAAGAAGUUGCUCGUCUGGCUCAUCGGGUUGCAGAGUCCUAUCCUGGCACCACUAAUCUGAGCAAGUUGCUUGGACUAUAUGCAAAUGAUAUUCUCUGCCGCGUAGCAUUUGGAAGAGAUUUCUCAGGUGGUGGAGAGUAUGAUCACCAUGGUUUCCAAAAGAUGCUUGAGGAAUACCAGGAAUUGCUUGGCGGAUUUUCUAUUGGAGAUUUCUUCCCUUCUAUGGAGUUUCUGCACACUUUAACAGGAAUGAAAUCAAGACUUCAAGAGACAUUCGGGAGAUUCGAUAAACUAUUUGACCAGAUGAUAACUGAACAUCAAAAUCCCAAAAGAGAAAAACAGGAGCACAAGGACCUCGUGGAUGUUUUACUGGAUAUACAGAAAAAAGAUUCUGCUGACAUGCCUCUCACCAUGGAUAAUGUCAAGGCUAUUAUCUUGGACAUGUUUGCUGCAGGAACUGACACAACCUUCAUCACCCUUGAUUGGGGAAUGACAGAGCUUUUGAUGAACCCCAAAGUCCUGGAAAAAGCACAAGCUGAAGUACGAGGUGUUGUUGGGGAAAGAAGAGUCGUAUUGGAGAGUGAUCUGCAUCAGCUGGACUACAUGAAAGCUGUCAUCAAAGAGAUAUAUAGGUUGCAUCCAGCAGCACCAGUACUUCUCCCUAGAGAAUCCAUGGAAGAUGUAAACAUUGAUGGGUAUGAUAUUCCAGCCAAAACAAGAAUUUUUGUCAAUGCCUGGGCAAUAGGGAGAGACCCAGAAUCUUGGGAAAACCCAGAAAUGUUUGAACCAGAAAGGUUUAUAGGUAGCACUAUUGAUUUCAAGGGGCAGGACUUUGAGCUUAUACCUUUUGGGGCUGGUAGAAGAGGUUGUCCAGCGAUUACAUUUAGCACAGCCAGCAUUGAGCUUGCUCUAGCACAACUUCUGCAUAGCUUUGAUUGGGAGCUUCCCGCUGGUACUACAGCUAAAGAUUUGGACUUGGCCGAAGCUUUUGGCAUCACAAUGCAUAGGAUAGCCAAUCUGAUUGUUGUAGCCAAACCACGGUUUUCCUGAGACAGAAAAUCAUUAGUAAACAAGCGACAUAAAACUCUUUGCUUUCUGCCUGUGUUUGAGAGACAGACCCCUAAA